AUGAAAGCCACCGAUCUGCUGGAGAUGGCGCUGCAAGCUCCCGAGGAAGAGCAGGUGGUGCGGAGAGUGGGGCGCAAGUCGAUCUUGCGGAUCUGGCUGUCCUCUCUCUGCUUCUUGGAGCUCGCGAUGCUUCUCUGCUAUGUGGAGCGCUUCUAUGGACGCUGGAGACAGCAGCCGGGGGCUGGAGCGAAGGCACUUGCUCGAUCUCGAUGUUCACCAACAUCACCUGCCGCGAACAGACGACCACGCGCUGUGCUGUGGACUUGGAGGUUCGUGGCAGCUUGGAUGGACGCCUCAGGUUCUACACAAUGCAGAACUG